GGCUGAAAUGCAAAGAUGUUUAAUAACAGUCGUCCCAAAAUGACUCCUUUGUACGUUGUAUUAUUCGUUUGCUUCGCUGGUGCAAUUGCAAGACCCAGUAACACCGAUGAGGGCAAGAGUGUAAAUCUACUUCCUACAGGAAGGAUUCAACUCCGCGAUAUGCUUACUCCAAUAGAAGAUUUGCGAAGGAGAGUGGAUGGAAAUGUUCGCAUGAAGCGCCUACCAGUGGUACCUUACCUUCCCACGGCACGAUUAUCACUUAACCCGUCAAGAAAUAACUUAGAUGUGGCAGAUGAAACCCAUCAGAAUCCUGUACGGGUAGAAUACAGAAGAAAAUGAAGCUCAUAAGUAAACCUAAGCAAAUAAAGUUUGAAUUGCACAUGUUUUCAAUUGAA